AUGCGUGCCCUUUUGUGGCAAACCGAGUGUGGCCUCAUCACACCUGCUAUUUACCCCGACACCUUUCUUUUGAUGCGCUUAUCUCACUCGGGCCUCCAAUCUGGAUUUUAUGAUUGUCUCGUAGAUCCGUUGCUUAUCUUUCUAGUUGACCUAUUUUACUCGGGUCCAGGCCCUGUGUGCAUUUCACUCACUGGCGCUAUUUCUCCAGGCCCUAGAAGCACAUACACCGCCGCUUCACUGAGCGAAGCGCUUAAGCUCUGA